CGCAGACUUUGUUCAUCACAGCAUUAAUUUCUAAGACCACUCCGUCGCAUCAAAGAUCAAUUGCUUCCAAGGUCACGCCUCUGUUCAUCGUCGCUACUAGUCAAUACCGCCAAGAUGCUUAUUUUCAAGGAUAUUGUCUCUGGAAACGAGAUGUUCUCGGACGUCUACGACCCCAAGCUUGUCGAUGAUGUCGUUUACGAGGUCGACUGCAAGAUGAUCACUGUUGACGCCGUCAACGUUGACACUGGCGCCAAUGCCUCCGCUGAGGACGCCGAGGAGGCUCUCGAAGACGGCCCCACCAAGGUCAACGACAUCAUCUACUCCUUCCGCCUCCAGAGCUCCAGCUUCGACAAGAAGAGCUACCUGAGCCACCUGAAGGGUUUCUUCAAGGCCGUCAAGGAGCACAAGAAGUCCCAGGGUGCCUCUGAGGAGGAUGUCAAGGCCUGGGAGAAGAAGGCUGGCGACUACGUCAAGAACAAGCUCCUUCCUAACUUCAAGGACUUCGAGUUCUACAUUGGAGAGGAGUUUAACCCCGAUGGAAUGGUUGCUCUGCUCAACUACAGGGAAGAUGGCAUCACGCCGUUUUUCACCUUCUGGAAGGAUGGUCUUACCGAGAUGAAGUGCUAAACGCUGCGCUAAAGGAGGCACGGCAUUAACAGUAAAAUUCAUCACAUUUGGGUCUCGGGCAUCUGACGGCAGAUGUAUAUGCGAUUAUAAGUAAGCAUCUUUGGGAACUUAAAACAUGGAGAGUUAUCUGAUUAGGCAUCGCCUGUUGCCAACAAACACGCAGCGGAUGAACGUAAUGAAAGCCCAUAUUCUGAGUACAUGUGAGACCGAUGCUGAUAGAUUUUGUGAUGUCGAAGUGGACAUAUGUUGAAGAAAGAUCGAUUAAGUCACCAGACUGUUUCUACUGUUUCUGUAUGCACUGGUGAAGCUGGU